AUGGCAGAGGCUUUGCAACAGCUGCCAGCAUGGCGGAAACCAGAACCAAACCUUGCCAGCAUGCCCGUCGAGGUCCUCGAGCAAAUUCUCGAACACGUACUACCGACUACAAUACCCACCAAAUACGAGCCUUUCGCCACUCACCUCAUCAGCGAGGAGGACUGCAGCAGGAACCAGUGGGCCUGCAGCUUCAGACUGCAAUCGAAGACCAUCAAGAAAGUUGCGGAGGAUCUGAUCAUCGAACGCCUAGAGGUCAGGAGCGCGUUGGGAGGACUCUCCGCGGCUCGUGUUGAGAUCGCGAAACACAAGCGGAGAGUUUGCUUUGGAACGGAAGACGAAGCUGGAUGGGAGCGUUAUUUCUCCGCUUUACAUGAUGAAGAAUGCUGA